CCCACCCAUCCACCCAUCCCGGGCCCGCGGGGUUGUUAGAUGGAACACGGCUCCAUCAUCACCCAGGCGCGGAGGGAAGACGCCCUGGUGCUCACCAAGCAAGGUCUGGUUUCCAAGUCCUCUCCCAAGAAGCCUCGUGGACGUAACAUCUUCAAGGCACUUUUCUGUUGCUUCCGUGCCCAACAUGUUGGCCAGUCAGGCUGCAACAAUGAGCUCGCCUCAUACAAGGAGGAAACCAACACCAUUGCCAAGUCGGAUCUCCUCCAGUGUCUUCAGUACCAGUUUUACCAGAUUCCAGGAACAUGCCUGCUCCCAGAGGUGACACAGCAAGACCAAGGAAGAAUCUGUGUGGUCAUUGACUUGGACGAGACCCUUGUGCAUAGUUCCUUUAAGCCAAUCAACAAUGCUGACUUUAUAGUGCCUGUGGAGAUUGAGGGGACAACUCACCAGGUAUAUGUGCUUAAGAGGCCUUAUGUGGAUGAGUUCCUGAGGCGAAUGGGGGAGUUGUUUGAGUGUGUCCUCUUCACUGCCAGCCUGGCCAAGUAUGCUGACCCUGUGACUGAUCUCUUGGACCAGUGUGGUGUGUUCCGGGCCCGCCUCUUCCGGGAGUCUUGUGUGUUCCACCAGGGCUGCUAUGUCAAGGACCUCAGCCGAUUAGGGAGAGACCUAAGGAAAACCCUAAUAUUGGACAAUUCUCCUGCCUCAUACAUCUUCCACCCAGAGAAUGCAGUGCCUGUGCAAUCCUGGUUUGAUGACAUGGCAGACACGGAGCUGCUGAAUCUGAUCCCCAUCUUUGAGGAGCUAAGUGGAGCAGAAGAUGUUUAUACCAGCCUUGGGCAGCUGAGGGCACCGUAGCCUUCUCAAGCUGGGCGGUGUCUAGGACUGCAGAGGACUGUGACACACUGUGCCUUCGCUAUCAGCCAGGAAGGGAUGGCGGAAACAGGAAGCAGGGAGAAACAAUUGUAAAGUGAGUUAGGGCAGGUUAGAUGACAAUAUGGGCAAACAGCAGACCAGUGACAACUAGUACCCCCUGCUCCGUGACCUGGGCGCUAGAGGGACACACUUGUGAGCAUGUAUACGUGUGUAUGUGUAUGACACCGACACGUUCUCUCCUUGACAUGAUGAUUCAGGUGGGGGAAGAGUCAAACAAUCAAGGGUCGAAUGCCCCUGAGCCAGAGCUCAUCUCCUGGAGAGUCAGUCCAAGAGCCAUUGACCUCUCAUGGGAACAAAGACCGUUCAGUGCUCUAUUGCCAAACCUCGAGUCUUUCCUCAUAUGUAGGGCCUGUGCCAAGGAGGUGAGGAUAUGCUGCUUUCAGCAUAAUAUGUAGGCAAACUGGCACCAGAUCCAAAUGCACACUAUUCAGAAACUUUGCUCGGGACCCGUGGUGACCUUGGAAAAAAGAUUGUUUCUAAAACAUCCUAGGAGCCUAUACCUUAGCCUCACAAACGUGGCCAUGAGAUGAGGGUCAGGUCCAAGGGGCCAUCACUGCCACCUGCCAAGAGCUCCUUCCUGGCCUUCUCCCGCUAGCCUUUCCCUCAACUUCGCACCCCAGUUACAUUUCUGAAACCAUGGACAAGAGAUCUCCCCUACCCUCAAAGGAGGACAGAGAAUUGAUUUCACUUGAUGGGACUCUGUUUUAAAGUUCUCUUUCUAAAAAUGGAUUGUGGGGCUUGGUUUGUUGCUGAAAGAAGCUUGGGCUCUGGGCUGAAAGCUAGGGGAUGAGGGAGUCAGAGGCUCAAGAGGAAUUUUCAUAGCCAGAAUUUCUGUUACUCUGAGUCAUGGAUCAGAUUACAGAUCUUGAGAGAGGUCUAGAGAACGAUUCUUUUCAGGGAUCCUUCUUCAAAGGAACAGGAAGGAGCCGUUUUAAUGCCAUUGGAGCUCUUCCAGUUCCUCGAGCAGAAUCCUUUCCCAUUUCAUCUUCCAAGCAGUUGACUUUGGGGAGGGAGGAAUGGUGAGGCCUUUGCAUGGGCAGCCCCACAGCACCUAUGUCCUGUAGACAGGAAAUAAACAAGAACCAACGAUUGGUUCUCUUCAUUGUGGUAUACUGGCUUCCUGCAAAUGCCUUAGUAACACAGAAAAGAAAGGAGACCCAAGGCAUGCUCAGGUGUGAGCUUUCUAAAUAAGUAUGCACUUCAGAGUCAGCGUGAUGUUAGGGGCUCUUUUUUUAAAAAGCAUUCAUUCUUAUUAAGCCACAUGUACAAAAUGGAAUCGUUUUCCAAGUUUGGAGAGCUCUGAUGUAUUGGGAAACACUUUUGGGGAUUUCAUAAGGCGAACCCCAAGUAAGCAGCACUAUCUUGUAAUCACAUUCUGCUAUAGCCUUGGCUUCUGCUGGAAUGGGUGUGGUAUGGAAUCUAAAGGAAGAUCACGUAAGAGGUAAUUAGGAGCCAAUUUCCUUACCUUUCCCUGAAGAAACUCCACACUGCUUCAGGUACAGUACGCUUAAAACUUAGGAUUCUUCCUCACCAUUCUCUUUGACUUUCAGAUGCUUUCUUGGGGUGAGGAGAGCUUCAGGAAAUAGCCAGUUGGAUGAAAAUCAAGGGGAGAGCAGUUUUUUUGUGUUUUGGUGUGCAUUCUGGUUAUAGUCUCUCUUUAACCUAAUUUUUGGUGCCAAUUCUGGUUCCCUCCAUUGCUGUUUUGUGGUUUCUAUCUUUUCUCCUUGGUUUUUAUACCAAGAUGGUGCCAUGGAGCACAUAUCCAGGGACCUAAAAGCUUUGUAGAUCUAGAACAAAAUUUCCCGAGUCCAUUUUUUUCUCUCUAGCUACUUCUCGGAUGUGGCAGCAUUUCCUCAGACUGGUUCUCUUGAAUAUAAAUGGAGGGUAAGUCUGGGUGCUGACAGAAACCUGCAAACCAACAACCAAAAAAAAAAACCCCAAUCAUCAAUCCCACAUUUAA